AUGAAUAAUGAAAAAGAUAGUGAACCAAGUGAUGAUGUGAAAUAUCUAAACUAUACUUUUUCAAAAUAUGAUACUAAUGAAGAAGAAUUGGAUAUUUAUUUUGAAAAAAUUAAAGAUCCAUACAUUAAUAGAAAAUCAGAAGCAAAAAAUUUUAACAAAGAAAAGAUUGGUGAUAUAUACAAAAGAGAAUUAACUCUAAAAGACGAAUUAAAGAUAAGAAUCGUAUUAAUAGCAUAUAUGAAGAAGAUUACAUCAGAAUCUCAAAAACCUAUAUAUAAAAUCUUUCCUUUCAAAUAUGAAACAAUAGAAAUUAUUAGAGAAGAUCAAAUUAACACAAUUAUAGAAAAAGAAUAUAAUGAAAUUAUAGAUCAGAUUGAGAAUGAAGCAAUACAAGAAUCUGGAUAA